GGGGAUACACAGCCAGAGAAAAGGCUACCUGAUCUUCUCUGAUCCGACUCCUCGCCGCUCUGCUUCCCAUCAACUCUCAUUAUCUACUGCGCCCUCUGCCACUUCCAGCAGAUCACUGCCACCGGGCAUCAGGGAGAGGAUACUUAUGUCUCUGUGUACAGAGGGCUAGGUGCAGAGUUCUGAAGAAUGGUGUCUUUCUACAGCUGCCUUCUCCUGUUGGUUUUAAUUACGAAUGCCUUGAUGGGUGCAAGCGCUCUCGAGCCCAGAGCCAAGCGUCGGAGAGUCUCCGACAAGUACGACGAGGAUGUCUGGCUCCAUCAGCACCAUGACAGGCCUCAGCGGAGGUCGGGGCUGGCCAAGAAGGAGAGGACUCACGGUGGUGAGGAGGGUAGGGGUUCCUUUCUCCAAGUGGGGGACAAUGGGCAGUUCGGGACUCUGAAGCAAGACAGGUUGCAAAGUUUUGAGCUUCCUUACAGUCAAAGGGAAAAUCAGCCGCCAGGAACGCAUACGAAAGGGCGCAAACACAAGACGCAGAGGCGGUCAAAUCAAAAAGAGCGGUUGAAACACCACAAAGCGAGAGCCUUUGAAGCUGAGCCCAGCGGCCUUUUGAAGGAAGAUUUAAGCCUCCGUGAGCCCACUCAUUCCACCCAUGUGGAGAUGUCCUCCAGUGCCUCUUCAGCCACCCGGCAUCCGUCGAGCACAGCCGAGCCCAUGUUUAUUAACGAGCAGCCCACAGCCAUGGUGGAAGCCCCUCGCCGUGCCAAGUCCGGGAAGAAAGGAGGGGAGGUGAUGCCAACCCUGGAUAUGACCCUGUUUGAUUGGACGGAUUAUGAAGAUCUGAAGCCAGACACCUGGCCGUCACCAAAAAAAGGUAAACAAAGAGAAAAGCUGAAUGCCACUGCAGUGGUUGAGGAAGAGCCAUGUGAUCACCAUCUAGACUGUCUCCCAGGAUCGUGCUGUGAUUUGCGGGAACACCUCUGCAAACCGCACAACCGCGGCCUCAACAACAAGUGCUACGAUGACUGCAUGUGCACGGAAGGUCUCCGGUGCUUCUCCAAGUUCCACCGCAAUCAGAGAGUGACGCGGAAAAAAGGACGCUGCGUGGACCCAGAAUCCAUCAACAAGGACCAAGGAUCGUUUAUUUCUGUCUGACCGGACUGCAAUGCUGCAAUCUACCUACUGCCAUGUAGCAGACGUCCUCCGCUGUCACUGUCCCCGACUGACAAGGACGUCUUUUUUAUUUACAUGAUAAUUGUAGAUAUUAGAGCUGGAGGAACAGCGGUUUGUUUACCGCUAGCUCAGAAAAUGUUAAUUUAUUGGAUGGUUUAUUUUACUGAAGGACUCCAGUCUAAAGAACGUUUUUCUAUAGCCACUUGUGGCAAAACAUUUUAGAUCUUAAAAUAUCAUUAGAAAAUUUGUCUCUGAAAAUAAUGGGGGAGGGGGGAUAUUCAAAUGAGCUGAGCUUUUAUCGCAGGUACCCAGAAUAGUUAAUUGUUUGUUCCCACUUCCUGCUUUAAAGCAAAUUUUUCACAAAUUUAGACAUUGCAAAUUUAAAAUAUAGAAAAAUUGCAUGAGCAGUGAUUAUGUUCAGUGAAAAUGGCAUGUUAAUACAAUGAAAUCCAGAUAUAUAGGGGUCUGUUUGCAAAAAAUGUGUAAUGCA